UGGCGCCAACUCUAAAAACCAGCAAAUUUCUUACUUUACAAAAAAAUUAUAUAAGGUGUCAAUUGAUUAGACACAAAAUUUAAAAAUAUAAAAAGUUCUGCAACUUCGUGACUCACCAAGCCAUCCAAAUAACAAAGAUAAGGGUGAAUAAUAAUUGCUCGAAAUUCUUAUCAGGAAUCAGAAGAAGAAGACAUGGAUUGCUUGAGGUUCGACGAUUAAUUGCAGGGUGAAGAUUGAAGAAAACCAACGAAGCUAGGCCAUAUACUGCAACUUAUCCAAAAGGCCCAUCAAAAUACCUAUUGCUCACAAGUAUAGUUUUGAAGUUAACCUCCCCCAUUUUAAGCCCUCAUUACCGUGCAGUUUUCCUCUAGAAAACAUGUGCAGUGGGUGGUUGAGGACGAAUUCUGCAUAUUUGUGAAGAGUUGAUCCACUGCCGUCGUGGUCCUUAUCUUAAAAGCUCAUAGAAUGACUAUUGCUAAGUUUUAAUAUUCCAUUUUAGCCACGUAGAGUAAUCUCACCAAUACUUAUGAAACAAAUGAAGACCCAGGUUCAUGAAAGAACUCUAAUGAGGAUUUUGGAGGCCUCAUUUGAGCAGUGCUUCUCUUUGAGACCCUUCUUUGAGCAUAUUCAAAUUAUCAUGUCAUUUGCAAUUAGGUGUAGAUAAAGAACACUCAUAUCAGGAAGAAAGUAAUGGAUGGACCGGCAGUCAUGGCUAUCAGGCAUGCCUUGAGUGCACUUCGAAGGCGUCAUUUACUUGAGGAAGGGGCUCAUAUUCCAGCUUUUUCUGCCUUGUCAAGACAAUUUGUGACACAGGGCUCAGAGUGGAAGGAGAAAGCAGAAGGCCUUGAAGUUGAACUACAACAGUGUUACAAAGCUCAAGCGCGGCUCUCAGAACAGCUUGUAGUAGAAGUGGCAGAGUGCAGAGAUGCAAAAGCUUUGCUUCAAGAGAAAGAAACCAGUUUAAAUGAACUACAGAAGGAAGUUGCUGAAGGAAGGGAUGAAAUAUCCAAGUUGAAGGAGUUACUAGAGGAGAACAGGAAAGCUCUUGACCUGGCUAUUAGUGAAAACCAAGAGCUCAGAUCACAGUUGGAAGAGGAAAUUUUGAAAGCAAGGAAUGCCGAAUCUGAAAACAAGAUGCUGAUUGAUCGGUGGAUGAUGCAAAAGAUGCAAGAUGCAGAACGACUCAAUGAAGCCAAUGCCAUAUAUAAAGAGAUGAUGGACAAGCUCAAGGCCAGCAACAUGCAACAGCUAGUGCAGCAACAAGUCGACGGGGUCGUCAGGCUGAGUGAGACUUGGACCAGCGAGGCACUGACUGACCUUCCCUCACCUACAUGGAAGCACAGGCUCCAAGCCCAUGAAGGUGCAUGUGGCUCAAUCCUCUUUGAGCCCAACUCUGACUGCCUCAUAACCGGAGGGCUUGACCAAAUUAUCAGGGUAUGGGAUACAAGAACCGGUACCAAUACGAACACCCUAACUGGCUGCCUUGGUUCAAUUCUUGAUCUAGCCAUAGCCCGCGAUAAGUGUAUCAUCGCAGCAACAAGUUCGAACAAAAUGUUUGUGUUCGACCAACUCUCAAGGCGACUUAGUCACACCUUAACGGGCCAUCUUGACAAGGUUUGUGCAGUUGAUGCGAGUAAGGUUUCGGGCAAGAGCCUGGUAAGUGCAGCCUAUGAUCGAACCAUUAGGACUUGGGACCUUGUCAAGGGGUAUUGUACUGCAACUCUUAUGUGUCAUAGCAAUUGCAAUGCGCUUUGCUAUGGGAUCGAUGGGCAAACUGUGUUUACAGGGCAUGUUGACGGCAACCUGAGGUUAUGGGAUUUAAGGGUUAGUGGUGGAGGGAAAAUGGUAAGUGAGGUGGCAGCUCAUGCUUAUUCGGUGACAUCGGUUUCUCUCUCUCGCGGUGGCUUGCUAGUUCUAACCAGUGGGAGAGACAACGUGCAUAACUUGUUUGAUGUAAGGGCCUCACUGGAGGUUUGUGGGAACUUCAGGGGAGGGAGCGGAAGCGCGACCAAUUGGAAUCGGUCUUGUAUUAGCCCGGACGACAAUUAUGUGGUGGCAGGGUCGAGUGACGGUAUGGUGCAUGUUUGGUCGAGGAGAGAGAAGGGUGAAAUUGUGAGCAUGUUAAGAGGGCACGAGGCUUCGGUGCUCACAUGUGCAUGGAGUGAUACGGGGGGGCCUUUGGCAUCUGCUGAUAAGAAGGGGGCCGUGUACUUAUGGGUGUGAUUGGUGGGGGUUCCACUUCGGUUUAAUGGGGUGUGCCUAUAGUUGUGAUUUGUGAAUGGGUUUUGAAGUUUACUGACAAGAACUGGUUUUAUGGUUGUGAACAGAGUUUUAAAACCCAGAAUUUGGUUUUGGAUCACC